AUGGCGACCGUCACUGUGCCUGGUCAGGUGCUUGCUCCCACCUCAUCUCACGUUGCAGGUCCCGGCACACAUGUCUACGACAACAACAUUCUGGCCUCUAUUGCCGGACCCAUCGUCACAACCCCUGCUCCUCAGAAAAAGGGCAAGUCUACUAUAUCCAUCCCCAGAUCGGCAAGUCAGACACCUUUACCUGCGGUCAAUGCGAUAGUCCUUGCUCGAGUCAUCCGUGUUCAGCCCCGGCAGCUGGUCGUGUCCAUUCUGCCUGUCGCCCCGGGCUCCUCCGCAUCCUCACUGAUGGCUUACACUACCAUGACGAAUGACGAUCUUCAACACCAAGCCAUCCUGCGGCGUGAAGAUGUCAGGGCUUUUGAGAAAGACAAAAUUGUUAUGAAUGACAUGUUUCGUGUGGGUGACAUUGUUCGGGCGACCGUCAUCAGCUUGGGCGAUGAACGCAGCUAUUACAUUUCUACCACUGGCAAUGAGUUUGGCGUCGUUGUUGCCCGCAGCGCCGCCGGCAACGCCAUGGUUCCUGCUAGCUGGAAGGAAAUGAAAGAUGUGGUGACUGGCAAAGGUGAACCAAGGAAGGUUGCGAAGCCUGUCUGA